UGGGAGCCGGAGCGCGACCGGCCGGGCCUGAGACCCCGCGCCCUCGGAGUCCGGGCGUCCGGGCGGCGGAGGCCGGGUGGGUGCGGAGCCGUGAGCCGCGAGGACGGAGGACGCCGCCGCCGGCAGCCCUGCCUCCGCGGGGCAGGCGAGCUCGGCCAGCCCGUCCGUCCGGAAGCUCCCGCACCCGGCCUGGUUAACAGUCACCAUCACAGGUUAAAUGAACUACUCCAACCAUUUGAUAACUAUUUAAUAGAGGUGGAAGAAAAAGCAGACUAUGGCUGAUGAAGUUUUCAGCACAACUUUGGCAUAUACGAAAAGUCCGAAAGUUACCAAAAGAACAACCUUCCAGGAUGAGCUGAUAAGAGCUAUCAUAGCCCGCUCGGCCAGGCAGAGGAGCUCAGAAUACUCAGAUGACUUCGAGAGUGACGUUGUUUCCUCAGGUGAUUUCUCUGAUACCUCAGUAGAUGAAAAUUCAGUUAAGAAAAACAUAAAUGAUUUUCAUAUAUCAGAUGAUGAAGAAAAGAAUUCUCUACGACCAUCUUUUUUGAAAACCAAGAAAUGGAACAGUGACAUAAAGAGAGAGGAGGCAGAAGUUGCCAUCAAGAGCAGCGAAGAAAAGUCACCUGAUGUUUGUGGAGAGUCGCUUGCAGGUUCCUUCUCUGAAUCUCAAAAUAAAGAUCAAGAAAUUGAAAAAGAGAGAAUUAAAAUAAAACCGAAACCCAGAAUUCUUCCAAUCAAAAGCGCCUCCUCAGCAGAAAAUAGCAGCAGUCUUGAAGCAGAUGAGCACUUUAAACCUUCACCACGGCCAAGGAGCCUAUUAAAAAAGAGUGGUCAUGUGGAAGAGAAAGAAAAGCAAGGAGAAGAAGUCACCGCCCUCAGUGAUGGCUUGGACUCUUCACUGUCCUCCCUUCCUGAGCUGGGUUUCAGACAGCCCGAAGCUGAGAAAGCCACAUUCUCUGCACACGUUGGUUGUGAGGCUCCAUCAUCAUCACCCCUUAAAGAAAGCCUUGGAAGGUGCUUUCCUCCAGGAUCUGAGGAGCAGGCGUCCAGAGAAGACCAGAACGGAGAAGUCAAGGAAAACCAUAAUUCCUGGAAAUUAAAUGAAGAUGAAGAAAACACAAGUUUGAUAGACAAUGUUGCUCCUGAACUUGAGAAACGCAAAGGAAGUGAGGUAGCCACUAAUGACCUUGAAAAAGACAAGGAGAAAGCUGGGCCAGGGGUGGAAGAGGAGGGUUUCACCGCUGCUCCCCUGCCACUCAGAUCUCUGAGGUCCGUCGGGCCACCCAGCGGAACGGCUCCUGCACAGAAAACAAUCGAAGAUAAAAACACGAAGAAUAAAAAGUCAACAACAAAUAGAGCGUCCAGUGCCUCAGCCAGAUUAAUGACUUCUGAGUUUGCGAAGAAAUCCAGUUCUGUACGGAGGACUCCAGGGCCGGCUGCCUCCUCCCACUACUUAGGGCCUUUGAAAGUCUUGGACCAGAAGCCCUCACAGAGGCAGAGCCUGGAGCCCGACGGAGCAGAUCACAUCAGGGCAGCAGUGUACCAGAAGUGGUUAGAAAAGAAAAAUGUACAUUUACAUGAAAAGAACAGAAUAAAAAGAAUAGAAAGUGAAAACUUAAGGAUCCAAAAUGAACAGCAAAGAGCCGCUAAGAGGGAAGAAGCCUUGGCAUCGUUCGAGGCCUGGAAGGCUGUGAAGCAGAAGGAGGCGCGCAAACGCGCUGCGCAGAAGCGGCUGGAGGAGGAGCACAGGAGGCGCGCCGAGGAGGAGAGCGCGCAGAGGAGGGGCGAGGCGCUGCAGGCAUUCGAAAAGUGGAAAGAGAAAAAGAUGGAAUAUCUUAAAGAGAAGAAUAAAAAGGAGAAGGAAUAUGAAAGAGCCAAAAAACGGAAAGAAGAAGAAACUGUUGCUGAGAAGAAGAAAGAAAACUUAACCGCUGUUGAAAAAUGGAAUGAAAGAAAGGAAGCCUUCUUUAAGCAAAAGGAGAAGGAGAAAAUCAAUGAGAAAAGAAAGGAGGAACUGAGAAGAGCUGAGAAAAACGAUAAGGAUAAGCAAGCCAUCAAUGAGUAUGGGAAGUGGCUGGAAAAGAAAGAAAAGCAGGAAAAAAUUGAACGGAAACAAAAGAAGCAGCAUUCGUUUCUUGACAGUGCAGCCCUUCCUCCGUGGAGCCCGUCCAGCAGAAGUGUGUUUUCCAGAGUAUUCUGACCAUCUCGAGAACGGUGCUUAUGAGUCCCGGUUGUAGCCAUCAGACUCGUACCUGACCUGGUCAUCCACUUUAAGGCAGAUGUUGGUCUGCUCUCAGACUUCAAGUGCUGCUGAAGUCACUGGCAC